UCUCGCGAACUCUGUAGAAACCCUAAACCUUUCUGCAUAAUGAAACGCUCCGUCGAUGGUGUCGCCGCCAUCUCUUCGUCGUUGCCGCCGAAGAAACCUGUCUUCUUAACCAAAGGCGAACGCGAGAAGUUAGCUCUCCAACGCCGCCAAGAAGAACACGAGGAACAGAAACGCCGCCAGCACCAGCUUCUCUCCAAUCUCCGCUCUUCCUCCGAUUCCGUCCCCAACAACUCCAAUUCCAAUUCCGACCGGGACCGGGACCGGGACCGGGACCGCGAUAGGGACCGGGACCGCGACCGAUACUCCCGAAGCGAUCGAGACCGUGAGCGUGAAUUGGAGCGGCGCAACCGUGACCGUGACCGUGACAACCGUGAGAGGGAGCGCGAAGAGGAGGCCAAGGCCCGAGAGCGUGCUCGAUUGGACAAAUUAGCGGACCGCGAGCGUGAUAAGGAGCUUGACGCAAUCAAAGAGCAGUAUCUGGGCUCGAAGAAGCCGAAGAAGCGUGUUAUUAAACCUAGCGAGAAGUUCCGAUUCUCUUUCGAUUGGGAGAAUACAGAGGACACUUCGCGUGAUAUGAAUGCUUUGUACCAAAACCCUCACGAGGCACAGCUCCUGUUUGGGAGAGGGUUUCGUGCCGGAAUGGACCGCCGGGAGCAGAAGAAGCUUGCGGUGAAGCAGGAGAGGGAGCUUAGGGAUGAGAUUCGGAAGAAGGACGGCGUGGAGGAGAGGCCCGAGGAGGCUGCGGCGCAGAGGCUCAAGGAGGAGGCUGCUGAGCUAUAUGAUACUUUUGAUAUGAGAGUGGAUCGGCAUUGGACUGAUAAGAAGCUGGAGGAGAUGACUGAGAGGGACUGGAGGAUAUUCCGAGAAGACUUCAAUAUAUCCUACAAAGGGUCUAGGAUUCCUCGCCCUAUGAGGAGUUGGGUUGAGAGUAGAUUGAGUACGGAGCUGCUCAAGGCUGUGGAGAGGGCUGGUUAUAAGAAGCCUUCUCCCAUUCAGAUGGCUGCCAUUCCUCUGGGCCUGCAACAGCGUGAUGUUAUCGGCAUUGCAGAGACUGGUUCUGGUAAGACUGCUGCCUUUGUUCUUCCUAUGUUGACCUAUAUUUCUAGGUUGCCUCCUAUUAGUGAGGAGAAUGAGGCUGAAGGUCCUUAUGCUGUUGUCAUGGCACCUACUCGUGAGCUUGCGCAGCAGAUUGAGGAAGAGACUGUCAAGUUUGCGCAUUACUUGGGUAUUAAAGUGGUUUCUAUUGUUGGUGGGCAGUCAAUUGAAGAACAGGGUUUUAAAAUUAGGCAAGGAUGUGAGGUUGUUAUUGCUACGCCAGGGCGGUUGAUUGAUUGUUUGGAGAGGCGUUAUGCUGUUUUGAAUCAGUGCAAUUAUGUUGUUCUUGAUGAGGCUGAUAGGAUGAUUGAUAUGGGGUUUGAGCCGCAGGUUAUAGGUGUUUUGGAUGCAAUGCCUUCCAGCAAUUUCAAACCUGAGAAUGAGGAUGAAGAGCUUGAUGACAAGAAGAUUUACAGAACCACUUAUAUGUUUAGUGCGACCAUGCCUCCUGCGGUGGAGCGCCUUGCUCGGAAGUAUUUGAGGAAUCCUGUUGUGGUUACAAUUGGCACAGCUGGAAAGACUACUGAUUUGAUCACUCAGAAUGUGGUCUGGAGUAAGGAUGCAGAGAAGUUUGAGAGGUUAAAGAGAUUGCUUGAUGAACUUGGUGAUAAGACUGCUAUUGUGUUUGUUAACACCAAGAAAACUGCUGAUUAUGUAGCCAAGAGUUUGGAUAAGAAUGGAUAUCGUGUGACCACUUUGCAUGGGGGGAAAUCACAAGACCAGAGAGAAAUUAGUCUUGAAGGUUUCAGGACCAGGAGGUACAAUGUCCUUGUUGCAACGGAUGUUGCUGGACGUGGUAUUGAUAUACCUGAUGUGGCCCAUGUAAUUAAUUAUGAUAUGCCCUCAAGUAUUGAAACGUACACCCAUCGUAUUGGACGUACUGGACGUGCAGGGAAGACUGGUGUAGCCACAUCAUUGUUGACAAUUCACGACACUGAUGUCUUCUAUGAUCUCAAGCAGAUGCUCAUUCAGAGUAACAGUCAUGUUCCUCCUGAAUUGGCAAAACAUGAAGCCUCAAAGUUCAAGCCUGGUUCUAUUCCUGAUAGGCCACCUAGACGUAAUGACACUAUCUUUACGCAUUGAGAAAUUUGGAGUUCAACAGACUUCUUAAAGAAUGUUCAACGUACUGUUUCUUGUGAUGCUGGUUUAGUGGCUCAGACAUCUUAGCUUCUGCU